GCCAGCAGGAAGAGGGGCUCGGCGGCGCACGUGGGGGGCGGCGCGGCGGUCGGGCGGGCGCAUGGCGAGUUCCGCGGGGCUGGCGCUGUGCGGGCAGGCGCUGGUGGUGCGCGGCGGCAGCCGGUUCCUCGCCACCUCCACUGCGAGCAGUGAUGAUGACGUCCUCUUCACAUAUGAUUGCAGCACAGCAGAAAAGAAGCCACAGGAGAAUAAAGGGGAGGAUGGGCAGCCCGUGGAUAAGGGGAGUGACACGAUUCUGGCGUCCACCUUCUCCAAGUCUGGCAGCUAUUUUGCUUUAACUGAUGACAGUAAGCGUCUGAUUCUUUUCCGUACAAAACCAUGGCAAUGUCUGAGUGUCAGGACCGUGGUGAGGAGGUGCACGGCCCUGACCUUCACGGCCUCGGAGGAGAAGCUUUUGGUGGCCGAUAAGUCUGGGGACGUUUAUUCCUUUCCUGUGUUGGAGCCACAGAGAUGUGGUCAGCUUGAGCUUGGGCACCUGUCAAUGUUGUUGGACGUGGCUGUGAGUCCCGAUGACCGCUACGUCCUCACUGCCGACCGGGAUGAGAAGAUCCGGGUCAGCUGGGUCGUGGCACCGCACAGCAUCGAGUCCUUCUGCCUCGGGCACACAGAGUUUGUGAGCCGCAUCUUCGUGGUGCCCGACCACCCCGAGCUGCUGCUGUCCUCCUCCGGGGACUGCACGCUGAGGCUCUGGGAGUACCGCGGGGGCCAAGAGCUGCACUGCUGCCACCUGACCAGCCUGCGGGAGCCAGCGGAGCCGUGCGGUGACAAGAGGUUUGCUGCGUCCAGGAUCGCUUACUGGAGCCAGGAGAGCUGCGUGGCGCUGCUGUGUGACUGUAUUCCUGUGGUCUACAUCUUCCAGCUCGAUGCCUCCAGACAGCAGCUGGUUUACAAACAGCAGCUGGAUUUUCAGCACAGAGUGUGGGACAUUGCUUUCGAGGAGAGCCAGGGACUGUGGGUCCUGCAAGACUACCGGGAAGCCCCCCUUGUGCUCUGCAGGCCUGUGGGGGGCCAGUGGCAGGCUGUUCCUGAAAAUGCCACUUUAAAGAAGGUCUCCGCCCAUGUUCAGGAGAAUUGGGCCAUGUUGGAAGGCAUGGGUGGCGUGGAUGUUGGCUUCAGUGGUCUCUACAAGGCCACCUUUGACAACGUGACCGCCUACCUGAGGAAGAAGGAGGAGAGGCUGCAGAAGCGGCGACAGAACCCACCCCCUGGGCCUAACGGGCAGGCCAAGAAGAUGAAGCCGGGGGAGGCAUCCGUGAGGUGCCCGUCCUAGCCACGCCAGCUGUGCCCUCUCCCUGCUGGCGGCUCCCUUGAAGAAGCAAAAAGGGGGAUGUUGUUCCCAACCCAUGCUUGGUGGCAGUCAGGUCCGCACCAGCUCAUCAUACGCUGGGCCGUCCCAGAGAACGGGUUGGUGUCCUGGGCUCUAGAACUUCUGCCGCUGAGCAGAGGCUCCUCUGCCUGGCACCUUGGGCACCCCCUGGCUGAAGGGAAGCUGUGCCACGUGUGACUCAAAUAGAGAUACUACAAGUGAGUAGUGCAAGUGCCUCGAAGCACUUUUUCUUCAUAUUGGAGGAAAUCGGAACCUGCAGCACGGCGGCUGUGGGUUUUGCACUGUUCCCCUAACGCUGGAUGCAUUUUCCUCCCCGGAGAGACCCACACACCAAACGUGUUUAUGGCAGUGCGAUAGACCCGUUUUGUCCCCACGUCUCCCUCUACGUGGUGUACUGCACCGUCCAGCAUGGGGGGCCACUGGCCACGUGGGUGCUGCUUGGGGCUGGGUCCCUGCGUGGCGAGCUGUGUCCACUCAGGAAAUGCAGCUGCCGCCACCACGAUGCAACCUUAGUGGGGAUGCAGGGCGCAGACCGGGCAGAUUUCGGGGUAUAUGAGGACCCAGGAGCCCCGGCUGGAACUGAGUUCUCCAGGGAGAUGGUUGAGGCCGUCAUGUAUGUUUGCAAUUUCCACGUGAGCUCUGUGCACACGAGGCAGAGACGGGCUGUCGGCUGAAUUCUAAUCACUGAUCAAUAAAGAUGAGCUUUUUGCAGCUUUGGGAAAUGUGUAGCGGCAACAUUUGGAACUGAUUCAGAAUAUAUGGAGCAAAACCA